CCCAAAAACUCCCAUUACAACAUUUUCAAUAUACUCCUCACCUUUUUCUAAACCUUUAUUGAAAACUUCAAUAUCGUAUUUGAUACCCCUCCUAUUACUUUAACAUAACAACCUCUUCGACGUCUCACGGCAUACCCAUCUCAAUCGUCAUCACAGUCGCAUUUUUAUAUUCGUCAAUAUGAAGUUGACUUUCAAGGUAUAUUGUCACUUGUUUCCCGGCUCAUCAAGGAUUCAACCACUUCAUAUGCUAAUUACUGGUGUUCUCAUUCAGGACUUGAAGCAGGCGAAAUUCGUCAUCGAGGCUGAACCUACCGAGCUUGUAUGUACCUGAUUUGUUCGAACCUCGAUAACUUUCCAUCCUAUCACUAUCGCUGCGUCAUACCUGGUCGAAUGACAGCUAACGCACACAACACAGAUUUCUCAGGUUAAGGACAAGAUCUCAAAGGAGAAGGGAUGGGAAGCUUCGCAACAAAAGUUGAUCUAUUCUGGUAUGCUUUGGAUUUGGGCGCAGAUGUUCAUGGCUGUUAGAGGUUAUUGGCGCACGUCUUACUAACAGCAUGUUUAGGUAAAAUUCUACAAGAUGCAAACACUGUAGAGUCUUAUCACAUCGAGGAAAAGGGAUUCAUCGUCUGUAUGGUUUCAAAGGUAAAUAUUCGUACUGGCUCAAUAGUAUCCUCCUCGUUUUCCUAAUACUUUAUAUAGCCCAAGGCUGCUCCAGCUGCAUCCUCUUCUGCGACUAAAGCUCCAUCAACUCCUGCUCCAGCUACAGCUGCUACCCCCGCUCCACCUGCCGCACCCGCACAUUCUUCGAGUACUGCAAACACAGCUGUUCCGGCUACACCUUCUCCGGCUGGUACCUCGGUUCCAUCUGUUCAAGCCACACCAUCAAAUGAAACUACCGGUCUUGCUAUGGGAGCUGAGCGCUCAGCACAAAUUGCCGAAAUGGAGGCUAUGGGUUUCGAGAGAUCACAAAUCGAUUUAGCUAUGCGUGCCGCUUUCUUCAAUUCGGAGCGUGCUAUCGAAUACUUGUUGACUGUAGGUUAAGAUUAGCUAUAGAGGUUCUGGCAAUCACUAAUCAUAACAUAGGGUAUCCCAGAAAACCUUCUUCAAGAACAGCGACAAGCUGCACCAGCUGCACCCGCCGCAGGUCAAGCUUCAUCCCAACCUGCUGCGGGUGGUGAGGAUGAACCAGUCGAUCUUUUUGCUGCUGCAGCAAAUGCUGGGAAUCGUGGUGGCGCCGCUCGUGCACGAGCUGGAGCUGAUAAUGCGGCCGCUCCAGGAGCUGGAGCGGGAGGACUUGGUAACCUCGAUUUUCUCCGAAAUAACCCCCAGUUUCAACAACUCCGACAAGUCGUUCAACAACAACCUCAGAUGCUCGAGCCAAUUCUCCAACAAGUCGGAGCUGGUAACCCACAAUUGGCCACUCUGAUCAGCCAACACCCAGAGCAAUUCUUACAACUUUUGAGUGAGAAUGCCGAUGACGAUGCGCCACUUCCACCUGGAGCCCAAGCUAUUGAGGUUUCAGGGGAGGAGCGUGAUGCUAUUGAAAGAGUAAGAUAUCUGUCAUUUUAUGUAUCCUUCCCUCACUAACUUUCUGUAGUUAUGUCGUCUUGGUUUCAACAGAGAUCAAGCAAUUCAAGCUUAUUUCGCAUGCGACAAGAAUGAGGAAUUGGCGGCAAAUUUCCUUUUUGAGCAACCGGAGGAUGAGGAAUAAAUUUUCCUAGUUUCCAUGGUUUUGAUAUCUCCGAAUUCACUUUUUUUUUCUGUUUUAUUCCCUUUUCAUUGAGCAAAUGAAUAACGAAUGAACUUCGCAAUUUUCGUGUGGUAAUGCGGGAGAAAUGGAGGGAGCUAAGGGGUGGCAGAGGAAGUGUGAAGUAGGAGGCAGGGAGACUUUUUAUAAAGGUCGGAAGGGAAUCAAUUGUAACAAAUGGAGUACCUACGUUGCAUAAUUUUUCCAUUAGCAUAGUAAAAUGUAACCUGGUUUAUCAAAUGGAGCUCUACUCUGUCUUAUACAGAGGAACGGCGAAAUGAUGAAUGAAUGAAUGAAUAAGAUUUUAAUAUUUACAUGCAU